AUGCUACCGCAAAUUGACAGCUGGGAUGAUCUUACUGAAGUAUGGGAAAUAUCCGAUAGCGAACCAGGGAAAACCAGACAAACCUCCUUCGCGUUGUUUGAUGGCAACGAAAGCUUUUAUUACGGCAUGCUUGAAGCUCCCAAAGCCGAGAUUACCUUCGAACAGGUCAUCAAUACCCUCAAGAGUGUUCCCGAUGAAGAAGUAUUCACGCGGUGGCCGGCUCCAGGCAUCGAGUUGAUGCAAGCCCCAACCACAUCCACCGAGGAUUUCUAUACCAAGCGACCAAGUCCACAAAUGUACAAAGUGUUGAAGGAACACAAUGUAUUGUCUCAACUCUCAGCGGCCUUGCUAGCAGAAGCUGAAGUCUUAGAGUUGCUGUCCCAGCAUCCACACCCGAACAUAAUCCGCUAUCACGGCUGUCGGGUUCUCCGUGGGUACUUCAUUGGACUUGUCAUCGACAAACAUCCCUAUGAUCUGUACACCUAUCUCCAUCACCGAGUUGGUGAAAUCGAGAAGCGGUCUUUCAUCACUGCGCUCGAGUCCUCUCUCCGUCAUCUUCAUACACAUGGAUUGGCCCACAACGACGUGACUCCCAAGAACAUUUUGGUGAGCAAAGAGGGCAUGCCUGUUUUGAUUGAUUUUGGUGGAUGCCAGCCUAUUGGAACCUACUUGAAGCAUAUUAGAGGGACUCACGGGUGGAUAGAUGGAGAAAUCAAGGACCACAAUAUAUCGAGAAAGGAGCAUGAUAUUUCUGCUUUAGCCAAAAUCAGUGCCUGGUUGGACAAGCCAGUGUUUGACUUAUGA